UGUUUUUUAAAUAAAAAAUAAAUUUGUAUAAAUAAAUUGGAAUGCAAAUAUCACUUUAGAGCACUUCAAAUACGACUAAACAAAUCGAGCGAAUAAAAAUCGUUUGAAUAAUUUUGUUCAGUUCGUUUGAGACAACAAAGUUGGAAACGUUUGCAACACAACACAUCAAAAAUGUCAACUGAUAAUUUAACAGCAGUUCUUCACGGUAUAGAAGACUUACGUUUGGAACAACGACCAAUUCCUGAAAUAUCAGAAAAUGAUGUACUGCUGGCUAUGGAUUCAGUUGGCAUAUGCGGUUCCGAUGUACACUAUUUAGUCAAUGGACGUAUUGGUGAUUUCAUUUUAACUAAACCUAUGGUGAUUGGCCAUGAGGCUUCCGGUGUGGUUGUGAAAUUGGGCUCAAAAGUAAAGCAUUUAACUGUAGGCGAUCGUGUAGCAAUUGAACCUGGUGUACCCUGCCGUUUGUGUACACACUGCAAAACUGGCAAAUAUAAUUUAUGUGCUGAAAUGGUGUUUUGUGCCACACCGCCAUACGAUGGCAAUUUAACACGCUUUUACAGACACCCUGCAGAUUUUUGUUUUAAACUACCUGAUCAUGUAUCCAUGGAAGAGGGUGCUCUACUUGAACCACUAUCGGUGGGUGUACAUGCAUGUCGACGUGCAGAAGUUGGGCUUGGUUCUGUAGUUCUUAUUAUGGGUGCAGGUCCGAUAGGUUUGGUUACUUUACUUACCGCCAAAGCUAUGGGUGCUUCGGUAAUUCUAAUAACUGAUUUAGUACAAAACCGUUUGGAUGUAGCAAAAGAGCUGGGUGCUACACAUACUUUGCUAUUAAACAAGAAUGAUACCGCUGAAAAUACAGCUUCGAUUAUACACAAAAUGUUAGGUACGGAUCCGGAUAAGUCCAUAGAUUGCUGCGGUGCAGAGUCUACAACGCGGUUAGGAAUUUUUGCUACACGUUCUGGUGGUUGUUGCGUUAUUGUAGGCAUGGGCGCCCCAGAGGUGAAGCUACCUCUUAUUAAUGCCUUAGCUAGAGAAGUGGAUAUACGCGGUGUUUUUCGUUAUUGCAAUGAUUACUCAGCUGCCUUAGCUUUGGUGGCUUCUGGAGCAGUUAAUGUUAAGCCAUUAAUAACACAUCACUUUGAUAUAACUGAAACGACAAAAGCAUUCGAUACUGCACGAUAUGGUCAUGGUGACGCUAUUAAGGUCAUGAUACACGUUCUGCCGAGAAACACAAAUAAUAACUGAAAUCACUUGGAAAUAAAGUAAUAAGUAAUAAAAUUGUAUUUUUGUACCACUUAUUAAGCAAGAAAUAUUAUUAUUAUAAAUUUCACUGUAA